CUGGCUGCUGCACCAUGGACAGGGACCUGAGUGAGGAUGACAGUGUGGCUGACCUUAGCUUUGAGGCUGAGAGUCCUGUGGCACCCCCGGCUGAACUGGAGGGACUGCCCAGCUAUGACUGGCUUCUUCAAAGGGGCAGAGGCCAGGUCUUCUUUCCAAUGUUGGAGGCCCCUGGGCAGCCCUGGGAGCCAGCGGCCUGGUCCUCAUUCCUGGAGCACAGCAGAGUCCCCUCGGUGACUGAGGAGGUGGCCCGCGAGGCCCUGCUCAGCUUCGUGAGCUCCCGGUGUUGCUACAGCAGUGCGGCUGCCAGAGACCUCAUUAUCCGAGAGCUGAAGCAGGAGACUGUCUUCAGGUAUCGUCUAGAGACCUUCAGUGAGUCCAGAAUCAGUGAAUGGACAUUCCAGCCCUUCACUAAGCAUUCAGUGGACGGGCCACAGAGCGGCGCCUCCCCCAGGCUUUGGGAUAUGAAGGUCCAAGUGCCUCCAAUGUUUCAGGAAGACAUCAGGAAAUUCCAAGUUCCCCACUCCUCUCUGGUCAAAGAAUGCCACAAAUGUCAUGGGCGUGGGUGCUACAAGUGCAGUGGCUGCCAUGGGGGUGGCAUGGUGAGGUGCUCCUCCUGCAGCGGCACCAAGCGCAAGGCCAGGCAGCCCGGGAAAUGCCGCAGGUGCUCGGGCUCAGGCAGGCGCAGGUGCAGCACCUGCUCCGGAAGGGGGAACAAGAUGUGCGCCACCUGCCAGGGGGCAAGGAGGCUGGUGCACUUUGUCCAGCUGGUCAUCAUGUGGAAGAACAGCCUAUUCGAGUUUGUGUCCCAGCACCAGCUCCACUGUCCUGCAGAGCUGCUCUCCCAAGCCAGAGGGGAAAACCUCUUCAGAGAUGAGAACUCUGUGGUGUACCCCAUUGUCGACUUCCCCCUGCGGGAAAUCUCUCUGGCUUCCCAGAGGGCCAUUGCGGAUCAUAGUGCUCUCCUGACCUCCCGGGCCCGCAUCCUACAGCAGCGUCAGACCAUCGAGCUGAUUCCUGUCACAGAAGUCCAAUACUGGCACCAAGGAAAGAAUUCUGUCUUCUACGUCUAUGGCACGGACCACCAGGUGUAUGUGGCAGACUACCCCCAGCGGUACUGCUGUGGCUGCACCAUCUUCUGACAGGCACACUGUCCCCAAGUCCACUAUUCACAUUAGCCAGGGGGACAACUGAGCUGUCAGUUCAUUCAUUGUUGAUGACGUCGGACAAUCCCAUGCAACCCUGGAAGUCCUUCCAGAAAAAUUAGCUAAUCAUUUGAUAAGCCAGAACUCUUUUAGAGUCCGUCUGGUGGGAUCUGUGUUUAUCCUACAAGAACGUACCCGCAGCGGCUGGGGAGAAGGCUCAGCCGGUUAAGCCCUAGCCUUGUAAGCGGGAGGGUCUGAAUUUGAUGCGCAGAACUCAUGUAAAAACGGUGGCAGGUGUCUGUAAUCCCUGGGCUGGGGAGGUUCACAAGAGGGUCCCUGGGUCUCACUGACCACCAGGUCUAUCCUAAUUGUCAAGCUUCAGGCCAAUGAGAGACCCUGGCUCCAAAGAGGUAGAUGAUACUCUUGAGGAAUGACACCCAUCAUUGUCCUCUGGUCUUAUCUCUCUCUCUCUCUCCUGUAGAGUGAGAAAGUGAUGUCAUGUGCAUGGUGUGGACUCUGCCUCUAUCCUCAGAGCUCAUACUCCUGUCAAGUGUGAGGCUUGGUGUUGCUGUCCCCUCUCUUAGCCUGGGCUUUAGUGAGGCAUGAUGAACAUGUUGAAAGAUACUCAUAAGUCAACUUCAAAUAUACGGUUCAGAGUGAGACCUUUACUUUUCUGUUCCACGGGUUGGGAAAGUCCUCAUUACCACAACUGGGAUGGCUCAAAUGUGUUCCCCUGGAAGGUUUGAAGAGGCCCAAGGGUGUAGACUUCAGUUGUCUGAAGGCUGGCUCAGGUGAAUGUCCUUAGUUGAUGAGGGCUGUCAGCUGGGAAGCCCCUCCCCCCCCAUGCAGCUUGGGCCUCUCAUAACAAUGGCAGCUG